AUAUUUACCUAAAAAUACAUACAAGUCAAUUAAUUACAAUAAGUGUCUUAUUCUACGAUUAUAUUCUCACCAUGUGAAUAUUAAAAAUUGCAGCAGAUUGGUAGUUUCUGAAGUAUUAAGAAGACUCAGCAGUUUAUUGGACGUUUACAUUUAUAAUACACAUAUACUUUUUCUGAUAUUUCACAAUUAAUUAAACGACUUUUGGUAAAGCUUGAAGAAAAGAAAAUUCAAAAAAAAAAAAAAAAAAAUAAAAAAUCAGUAAAAUUUCAAACAGUUUAGCUGUACAUACAUACAUAUAAAUAUUCAAAAUUAUAAAUUAAAAGAAAAUUUAUUGACAGAAGAAAACUUUUCUCAGAAUGUGAUUAUGUCUAAAAGUAAGAAUACGCGAACUCAUAAAACGUAUCUUAAGCCAUCGCGUCGCGCGUGCAACUCGGAAUAAGACGUUAGCUAAGUAUUCUGGCAGCAGCGAUAUCUCAAAAAAAAAAAAAAAAAAUAAUUCGAAAUUCAAAUAAUUGUGAUGAAGAGACAAUUCGUAGCUAGAAAUUACCGAUUGGACACGUCGACGAAUCUAGGUUGUUUGAUUUGUCUCAUUUGUUUACUCGCUGACUUGAUCGCAGCACAGAAAUUUGCGAGUAGAGAAAUAGAACCAUAUGAAGGACCAUCACUGUAUACACCUACGAAAAAACUAGAUGAAGUUAAAAAUGUACAGCCUAUUGAAGGUGCAAAGGAUUCGCCCCCAACACCAGAAGAAGCUCCAAAAGAUUCACCACCAUUCACAGAAGUGAUAAGUGAACCUAGAGAAGAAACUUUAAAACUAUCCAAUCAAACAGCACUCCGGUCCGACUACGAUAGAGUAAAUAUUAUCUGUAAAGAUGGUCUCGUCCUAAGGGCUUGGCAGCCUUUGGAAGGUAUAUCCCUAACCGAAAGAAUAACGCGUGGACUUGUUUAUUUUCUUGCCAUGUGUUAUAUAUUCAUUGGUAUUGCCAUUAUAUCGGGCCGAUUUAUGGAAUCCAUUGAAGUGAUCACAUCGAGCGAAAGACGUGUGAACGUGAUUAAUAGAAAUGGUCAGAGAGAAAAAAUAUCGGUUCGUGUGUGGAGUAACACGGUGGCUAAUUUAACCCUCAUGGCACUCGGUUCGAGUAUGCCCGAAAUCUUACUUUCCAUAAUCGAGAUGUUUCAGAAGAAUUUCGAAGCUGGCGAUAUAGGUCCAGGUGCAAUAGUUGGCUCCGCGGCAUUUAAUCUUUUCAUUAUUAUUGCUAUUUGCAUUAUUGUGGUACCCAAAGGCCAAACACGAAGAAUACAGAAUUAUCAGGUAUUUAUUGUGACAGCCAUUUGGUCGAUAUUUGCAUAUGUUUGGUUGUGCCUUAUAACAAAGUAUAUAACACCGAGUGUCAUCGAUGUUUGGGAGGGAUUAGUGACAUUUUUCUGUUUUCCGACUCUUGUUUAUCAUGCAUAUCUUACGGAGCAUGGUUAUUUUUGUGCAAAAUGUUAUAAGCCAACCUAUGAAAUGAAUCAGAGUGAUUCGUUUGUGUGGCCAGCUGAGCAUGAGGCCAAUGAUUAUGAAGCGGGUACAGUACGAUCUAGUCUUAAAGAUUUAGUCGAAAGUCCAGAAAUGCGCGAAUUUGAAGAGACACGUCGACAAUACAUAGUUAAGGUGAAAGAAUUGCAUCGAAGGUAUCCGGAAUAUGAUUUGGAAAUAAUUGAGGCAUUGGCGCAAGAACAGCUCAUUCACAAUAGCUCUAAAUCAAUAGCUUUCCAUCGAGUACAAACUGGUCGCUACUUAACUGGAUCUACACAUAUUAGGGGCAAAGUGCGUCAAUAUGUAAACGAGAAAAUCGGAGAGGCAAAAACCUUAGUUCGUAAGAAAGCUGAAGAGGACGCUGAAUUUGAUGAUGACUUUGAGACGCAUAUAUAUUUUGCUCCCUGUCAUUAUACGGUGCUGGAAAGUGUUGGAGAGGUGGAGCUGCAUGUGAUACGAGCCGGUUCUUUGAAGCAGACAACAAAAGUUGAAUACCAAACUGAAGACGGUACUGCAGAAGCUGGCAGAGAUUAUGUUGCGUCGAUUGGUGUGCUAAAUUUCCCUCAGGGCAUUAAAAAGCAGACAAUUAAAAUAACUAUUAUCGAUGAUGAUGUCUACGAAGAAGAUGUACACUUCUACGUGCAUCUUAAGAAUCCCAGCGGCGAAGCCGCACUCGUAUCACCUCAUGUGGCAACCAUUAUGAUUUUAGAUGAUGACCACUGCGGUAUUUUCGGGUUCAAACAAAUCGAUCAUGAGAUUCCCGAAUCGGUGAAAAUUUACAAUAUAGAAGUAAAAAGAUAUUUCGGAGCUUCCAGUAAAGUUAUUGUGCCUUAUUUUACAAAAGAGAAAACGGCGCUCUCAGGGAAAGAAUAUAUGAAUGUGAAUGGUGAACUAGUAUUUCAAGAUGGCCAAGUUGUGAAAGCCAUUGAAGUUGAAAUCAUUGAUGAGCACUGUUUCGAAAAAGAUGUGGUAUUUGAAGUAUAUCUUGGCCGGCCGAGAGUUGCAGCUGGUCAACCGUUGUAUGCCAAAUUAAAAGAAAUUCAACAAAAACCAGACGAAGAAAGAAGUACUAAUGAAAACAUCCUAUUGAAGGGACUUCCGAAAUUAGUAGAUAAAAGGUCGAAGAUUGAAUGUCACAUAAUUGAAAGCGGAGAAUUCAAACAAACAGUGAACAAAUUAGUGCAAACCGCAAACGCUUCAAAGUUGAUUGGUACUACCACAUGGAAGGAGCAACUCCUCGAUGCUCUGACUAUUUCAGGUCGUGGAAACAUUAUUUUAGAGGAUAUCGAUGGUAUAGAGGAAGAAAAUCAUGAUGAAGAGCUCGAAGAGGAGUUAUUAUAUGGAGGAUGUCAAUACGUCAUGCACUUUCUUUCUAUAUUCUGGAAAGUGUGUUUUGCUGUGAUUCCACCAUCUAAAAUGUAUUGUGGAUAUCCAUGUUUCUUUAUUUCGGUUGGGCUGAUAGCCGUUUGUUCAACUGUUCUCGUCGAUGUCACCUCACUUUUCGGCUGCACUUUGGGUGUACGUGACUCGGUUACAGCUAUAUGCUUUGUAGCACUUGGUACCAGUCUACCAGAUGCAUUCGCCAGUAAAUUAGCCGCUAUUCAUGACAAGACCGCUGACAAUGCAAUUGGCAAUAUCACAGGUAGCAACGCGGUGAAUGUAUUUCUUGGAAUCGGUAUAGCAUGGACCCUAGCAGCUGUUUAUCAUGCUUGCCAUGGAGAGAAAUUUAUUGUGCCUGUUGGAUCGUUACUCUUUUCCACUGUGCUGUAUCUUUUUGGAGCACUUAUCGCAUUCUUCAUAUUGCUUUAUCGUCGUAAGAAAUCAAUAGGUGGAGAACUUGGUGGAGUAGUAAAACUGAAGUGGUUUCAUGGCAUGUGUUUCAUUUUCAUGUGGAUUAUCUACCUAGUAAUUAGUACCUUGGAGGCGUAUCAUAUUAUCCCAGGAUUUUAAAACCUAGUAAUUGAAUUGCAUAUGUAUGUAGUAUUAAAGAGCUCUACUAAAUUUCAAUAGAACCACAUAUUGAACACUCGUCGAUAUGGUAUAUUACUACUAAUAACAAACAUAAUUUUUAAUAGAUAAAAAUACAAAGUAGAUUUAAUG